GGAGUUAGACGUCCGGCUUCGUCCUGGAGCACCGCAACCUGAUCUUAUCGGUGUCACAGUGAAGGGUAAACGGCUCCAAUCAGCUGGAAAUAAAAAAGGCCUGUUGCCUUUGACUGUCAUCAUCCUCUCAGAGCUGUGGACUCACAUCAGCUGAGCUUUUGUCUGAUUAGGCCUCUGCUGCCAUUUGGGGUGCACUAGGUGGCAGAAAAGAUCUCACUGCUAAUGUCAGCCGACAAGAUGGAGACAACAGCCGGUGUGUCCAAUGGAGCGGGCCCAGUGUAUGACGAGACGGAAGACACCCUCAGUCCAGAGGAUCUGUCUGAGAUGCUGGCAGCAGGGACCAAGGAGAUUCAUGAAAAGGCCGAGAACACUCAGUUUGUGAAAGACUUCCUCAGAGGACGCAUCCGCAAAGAGCUCUUCAAGCUCGGUGCUGUGGCACUUUACCACACCUACACAGCCAUGGAGGAGGAGAUUGAAAGGAACAAGGACCACCCCCACUUUGCUCCUCUUUACUUUCCUGCAGAGCUGCACCGCCACGAAGCUCUGGCCCGGGACCUCCAGUACUUCUAUGGUCCAGAAUGGCAGAGCAAGGCCACCUGCUCGCAGGCCACCCAGUGCUACGUGGACCGUAUCCACCAAGUAGGGCAGGAAGACCCGGUUCUGCUGGUGGCCCACGCCUACACCCGCUACAUGGGAGACCUGUCUGGGGGCCAGGUUCUGAAGAAGGUGGCACAGAGGGCCAUGAAGCUGCCGCCGACUGGAGAGGGCCUGGAGUUCUAUCAGUUUGAUGCCAUCCAUAGUGCCAAAGCAUUCAAGCAACUCUACCGUAGUCGCAUGAACGAGCUGGACCUGGACAUGGAGACAAAGAAGAGGCUGGUGGACGAGGCUGUCAAGGCCUUCCUGUUCAACAUGGAGGUGUUUGAGGAGUUAGAAGAGAUCGGAAAAACAAUCCAGGAGGAUGUUUUAGAUGCUGGCAUGCCUGUUCAUGGAGCGAUGGGUGGAGACAUCAGCAAAUGUCCUUACUAUGCGGCUAAAACAGCGGCUUCAGGCGGGACAGCGUACUUCGGUCAGCUGGCCAUGGCUGUUCUCCGGCACCCCACAGGACAGGUGCUGUUCGCUACCUGGUUUGCUGCCUUGGCUGGAUUAGCUGCCUGGUAUCUGAUGUGAUCCAGCCCUCCGUCUGCCACUCUGCUACUGUAGAAGAAACAAAGGAGGAACGUAAGAGGAAGGACAGCAAGGAGACUAGGAAAUGUCCAGACUGUAGACCAUCCAUAGGUUCAUACAAACAUUCUGAUCCGUUCAAAGUUUAUUUAAUGUUACAUGUUUCCUAACGAUGGAAACCCAUAGAAAAUAAACUUUGGAUCUAUUUUUAGUAGUGGAAUUCCAACAAAACGAGCUAUAGGACCAUUUGGAUGUCAAGUCCAUCCAUGAAGGUACAACCUAUUUCAGUUUUGUCCUUUGUAUUUUUUAUUUUUCUACCUCCUCCGCACUAUCCCUCCAUUUUAUGUCCUUCCAGUGUGUUUGGUUGCAUCGAGACUUACUGUAGCUGUUUUCUGAUUUUUCUGAUUCAAGUGAUGUUUUCUCCCAAUUUUAGUUGAAAUUGCCAAUUUGACAGGUCACAGUGAUGUUGUGGUGCAGUCACAUGUGAAGUACAACUCAGCUGAUGAUGAGUUUGUUAUCAAAAUGAGCUCAGUAAGACGUGUUACAACCCACUGUGCAUGUGUUGUACGCUGCACGUUUUUGCUGGACAGACUGCUGUGUUGAGUUUUACACUGUGUGCACAGUUGUUGGGGCAGUGAGUAUUAUGACUUUAUCAUUAUUUCUAUGCAUAUUUCCAAACUCCAAACCACAUAACCUUGAAUUCUUAUUGUAUUUAAGCAUUUUUAGCCAAUAUAGAUUUGAGUGAUGAGGGAGGGGGAUUGAAGUUUUACAUUAUAAUGCACAUACAGUGGCAAGAAAAAGUAUGUGAACCCUCUGAAAUUUCCUAGUUUUCUGCAGUAAUUGUUCAUAAAAUGUGAUCUGAUCUACAUCUAAGUCACAAGUAUAGACAAACACAAUGUGCUCAGUAUAAUACCACAGAAACAAUUAUAAUAUUUCAUGUCUUUAUUGAACACAUCCAUUAAACACUCAUUGUGCUGGUGGAAAAAGUAAGUGAACCCUUGGGCUAACGACUCCAGCAAGAGCUAAUUGGAGUCAUGUGUUAGCAAACCUGGAGUCCAAUCAAUGAAAUGAGAUUUGACUGAGAUGUAGAGCUACUGUGACCUAUAAAAAGCGCUCAAACGUUUUGAGUUUGCUCCCUAUAAGAAACAUCUGCUGAUGUGAACCAUGCCUCGCAAAAAAAAGAGAUCUCCGAAGACCUACGAUCAAGAAUUGUUGAUUUGCACAAGACCGGAAGUGACUAGAAAGUCAUCUCAAAGACUUUAGGAAUUCACCAGUCUACAGUUAGACAAAUUGUCUACAAAUGGAGACGAUUCAGCUCUGUGCCUACUGUCCCUAGAAGUGGGCGCCCAGCCAAAUGGACUCCAAGGGCACAACGCAGAAUGGAAUGACCUGAAGAGAGCCGUUCACAGCAGACAUCCGAAAAAUAUGGCUGAGCUGAAGCAGUUCUGUUGGGAAGAAUGGUCUAAAAAUUCCUUCUGAACGUUGUGCAGGUCUGAUCAGCAGCUAUAGGAAGCGUUUAGUUGAGGUUAUUGCUGCUAAAGGAGGUUCGACCAGUUAAUAAAUCCAAGGGUUCACUUACUUUUUCCACCAGCACGAUGAGUGGAUGUGUUCAAUAAAGACAUGAAAUAUUUCUACAAUACAAUAAUUGUUUGUGUGGUAUUUGUUGAGCACAUUGUGUUUGUCUAUACUUGUGACGUAGACGUAGAUCAGAUCACGUUAUGAACAAUUAAUGCAGAAAACUAGGAAAUUUCAGAGGGUUCACAUACUUUUUCUUACCACUGUAAUUCACAGGCAGCUUCAAUAUUUUUGGCAAAAUAGGACAAAAAAAAAAAAAGAUUUCACUCACAAUGAAAGAUCAAAAACUGUAAAAUGCCUUUCAAACAGAUGCAACACUCCUGGAAAUAGUUGAAGUGUUCAGGGGUGGCCACUGGACCAUCACACGUUUUGUUGAGAUGGUUUAAAACAGGCUCAAAUUAACUGCAAAAGACUUGAGAGGAAUUAAAUGUGAAGCUACCACGAACCCAUUUUCCUCAAAAAAUUAGUGAGUGAGGGGAAAAAAAAUCAUUUAAUUUAAUAUGCACACUGGCAUAUUUCCACAUUUAGGUUCAGUAAAAUUUGAGCUGACUAAGAGCAUUUUAUUUGUUUAACGAUAGAAAUUAUCCCGAGGACCAGAAUUGGCGCGAUAAUUGUGCACACAGUGUAAUGACACCUUUAAUGAGGAGACAGUAGAACAGAGGUCUAUUUUUGAAAUGUAAACUCUGUCUUCUUAUACCCUAUACUGUAUUAUUUUUUGUUUUUUUAACUUUACACACCGUCUGCCACGUUUCACGAUUCAUGCACGAGCCUCUAAUGUGCACUGCAGGACAGGUGAUUGGAAUCAAAAGCUUUUUUUCAGAUUUCAGAUGAUAGUAGACACACGGAGUACUUUAACCUGAUGCAUGCUCACUUAUACUAUUUCUCUGUUUCAGAAGUAUGUGAUAGUACAUCUAGUGUUUGUAAAAAAAAAAACAACAACUGCCUAUUGAUUUAAUUGCACAGCUUAGCUAUCCAAGAUGAAUGAUUCAUUGCUAAUUGAGUUUUACCUGCCACAGGAGCCUAUAUUAGGACAAGAGGUGAUCAGUUUUAAAAGGAAAUAGUUAUAAUAAAUUUCUUGUAAUAGACAUGAAGCUCAUCUACACGAAGAGUAAUACAGUGUUGUGGCUUAAUAUGCACUAUUCUACAGAUUCUUAUCCACCUAUAAUGGAUAUACCAGGAAACAUCACAAAUGCUGUAUGUUUGGGAAAAAAACCCAGUAGUACACAAUGUUGUUGUUUUUUUAACAUAAUGAGGAGAAAUAUGUCGUGCUGUGUGUGCUGUAUGCAGUGUAACGGCGCUGAAGUUUAAUAUUUAUCCUAACUCAGUAAUAGCAUUUUAUUAACUUUGCUUUAUCUUUUCAACACAGAGUACCAAAAGAAACCUGCCCAGGUUCUUGUGCUGUGUAUUUGCACAACGCAUCCAUGCAAUAAUGGAUGCAAAGUAGUUCUGCAUUAACAAAAGCUCGUUCAGGACGACAGCUGUGUGGUCAGACACGUGGCAAGUGAUGAUGUGUUUUGUAGAGUUGAAGAUUCAUGUUGCAGUCAGAUCGCAACACAAGGACUAAUACAGGGACUGUGUGAUAUACUCCUGUAGUUUCCACGUGUUAUUGCCCCUAUUUUUAUGAUGCAAGUGUGAUGUGUCAGAAGGCUUCAGUAUUUUUUUGACGUACUUGAAGGGACACUUACUUGAAUCUCAGGAGUGCACACAGUGAUGGCCAUAAGUAUGGAGUGCUUGACUAAUUCAUGUUGGUUUUGAAUUCUCUUGCAUUUUCAUUAACUCUGCUCUAAAUAUCCUUCUGUAUGUAACUGGAGCUUUAUUUGUGACUGACUAGAGCGCUCUCAUUGUAUGAGAGUGAAAAUUCAGGAUUAUGUUGUGCUGUCAAUAUAAACAAAUAAAAUCUGUUUCCCAACUUA